AUGGAAGCAGAGCUGAAUGUGAACAGCAAUUAUGUUGUUAAUGACAUACAUCCCUGCUAUGAAUCAGAUAAUACAACUUACAUAUUUUCAAGCAACCCUUCCCUGACAUGUGUUUUGGUUUAUAUUUUCCUUGGCUCAUUAUCUGUUGCCACAAUAUGUGGAAAUCUUCUGGUAAUCACCUCCAUCAUUUACUUCAAACAGCUCCACACUCCUACAAACUACCUGAUUCUCUCUUUGGCUGUGGCUGACCUGCUUGUAGGGGUUUUGGUUUUUCCUUUCAGCAUGGUAUUCACUGUGACCUCAUGUCUGUACCAUGAAGAUUUAUUUUACAGAUAUUAUGCAGUUUGUCAGCCCCUGACAUAUAGAAGCAAAAUAAAUGCGCAUGCUACUGUAAUUAUGAUCAUGGUGAGCUGGGGUAUCUCUGUUCUAAUCGGUAUUGGUAUAAUAAUUGCAGGAUUCAGCCAAGGAACAUGUGAAGAAAUGUGCUCAGCUGAUGUUUUAAUUGCGAAUACUAUGGGGCCUGUUUUCUCAUUCUACCUCCCAGCAAUCAUAAUGCUUUGUAUCUACUUUAAGAUUUUUCUUGUUGCUCAGAAACAGGUGAACAGCAUCCAGAGCACAAAGUCUGGAGCAACGGUCAGUAGGAUGGAGAGGAAGGCCACAAAAACCCUGGCUACUGUUAUGGGAGUUUUUCUUCUAUGUUUGACUCCUUACUUUUUAUGCAUUGUAUUUCAGCCUUUGGCUUAUUAUCCGCCACCCAUCCCUGUGACUGAGACACUUAACUGGCUGGCAUUGUCAAAUUCAAUGCUGAAUCCGUUAAUUUAUGCGUUCUUUUACAGUUGGUUCAGAUCCGCUCUCAGAAUAAUUAUUUCUGGAAAAAUAUUCCGAGGUGAUUUAGCCAAUUCCAGAUUGUUUUGA